UUAAGUGGGGUACUUACAAUUUAUCUGCUAGUUUAAGCACCUAACGUGCAGAAAUGGGUGAUAUAUGGGAUCCGGUAGUCAUUUGACGCCUAGAUUAUUUAUGUAGUUUCUAAAAAAUGGUUAUUGCAGGGAAGCUUUGCUUUACAUGGUUUGGGCCAACGCCUGUACUGAACAUCAUGGACUCAGACAUGUUGAAAGAAAUAUUUUCACGGAUCAACGAGUUUGAAAAGCCCCAUCCCAAGGCCAUUGGAGAUCUCUUUAUAUCGGGGCUUCUGGAGAUUGAGGGUGAGAAAUGGGCCAAACAUAGAAAGAUCAUCAACCCGGCUUUUCACUAUGAGAAGUUGAAGAAUGUAGUGACAGCAACGUGUUCAAGUUGUGAGGAGAUGAUUAGGGAUGGGAGAAGCAAUGUUUGGCUGGUGAAGUGGAUGUGUGGCCUCACCUUCAACAUUUGA